AUGCCAAGAUCCCCUGCAAAGGAGCCGGCCCUGAGAAGAGUGAGGAAGAGGCCUCCUUUCUCCCGAAAGCCACUUCCCACCACCACUCGGCUCCCUCUCGGCAACCGGAGCUCAGGAUUGGCUCAGCGCCGCAGACUGACGUGGCGGGAUGCUCCAGUCCCGACCGGACCCCCGCCCCGCCGGGUCCCACGUGGGACUCCUCCCCUCUCCCCCCAACCCCCCGUAACCGCGGAGGCCACCCGCACCCCAGCUCGUCCCACGGCACGCAUGCGCAAACGCGGCGGCACAGCCACCGACCCCGCACGGAAUGAGUCGUUCCUCUGCAGCCAACGCGUCCUGGGCCACAGACCCUCUGAAGAGCUCGUCCCACCUACAGCCAAGAAACGUACCUCAGCACGGACGUCCGACGGCGUUCCCCGUUCUGGCCGAGCACCGGAAACCCGGGGUAGCUGACAUUGAUAUCAACUGAUGCCUGGCAAGUAGAGGGCAUCCCACCUAGUUUUCCUCUCAGAGGGCUCUUUACCUAUGAUUUAUGAAGCCCUGGUUAUGGCAUGCAGCAACAGAGGAAAAGAAGAGAAAAGGAAAUAAAAUUACCUUACUAAAACCACAGUAUCUUCUGACCAAAACCUUGCUUCGGGAGGCAAUCAUUGCUUCACUAAUCUCUAAACUGGAGGUGUCUGGUGCGAAGUGAUGCUGAACCAGAAGAGACCAAGAAGAUAUAUAGUAAAAUGGGGAAAGAGUUUUCUGGGUCACACAGAAACUUAUGGAGUUAAUGGAUGUUCAUAAUAAUCUUGGCUAUGGUGACGGCUUCAUGGGCAUGUCUCAACUUUUCAAAGUGAACAUUUUAAACGUACAAUUUAUUGUAUGCCAGUUUGUUUCAAUAAAGCUAAUUAAAAAAAAAAAAUCCAGAGGAGCUGGGAAGCUUAGUUAGUAAAGCGCCUGCCAUACAAGGGUGAACAAGUGAGUUCUGUAAUACCCAGAUUCCAAAGAGCUGAUUCCAUCAGGGUGAGAUUGUAAGUCCAGCACCAGAGAGAACACAGCAGGAGUCCUGUGUCUAAAGGGCUGUCUCUGGCCCCCCGUGCAUGUACACUUAUAGGCUGUUCUGUUGCCCCUUCUGGCCUUCAAACCCCUACACUCAAGCAGUUCUACCUUAGCCCCAGCUUGGACAAUAGACACACACCAUCUUCCAGCACCCUGAUGGAACUCUCAUUCCCACUGUUGAGGUACAAAUCAAAUUUAUAAUCUUUUUUUAAAUUUUUUUGUUUUUUUCAUGACAGGGUUUUUCUGUUGUAGCCUUGGCUGUCCUGGACUCGAUUUGUAGACCAGGCUGGCCUCAAACUCACAGAGAUCCGUCUGCCUUUGCUUCUGGAGUGCUGAGAUUACAGGUGUGUGCCACUGAGCCUGGCUCUUCCUCUUGUUGAUUUUUCCCCCCAUCUUUAAGACAGGGUCUCACUAUGUAGCACUGGCUGUCCUGGAGCCACAUAGACCAGUUAGACCUUGUACGCACAGAGGUCCACCUACCUGCCUCUGCCUCCUGAGGCCUGGGAUUAAAGCACCACCCACUGCCCAGCAGCUUUUUUUCUGUUUAUAAUAGGUAGGGACUCAUGUAGCCUAAGCUGGUCUUGAACUCAAAUCUUUUAUAUUUAUGUAUGUAUACAAUGUUCUGCCUGCAUGUACACUUGAACGCCAGAAGAGGGCACCAGAUUUCAUUAUAGACGGUUGUGAGCCACCAUGUGGUUGCUGGAAAUUGAACUCAGGACCUCUGGAAGAGCUAGCAGUGCUCUUAACCUCUGAGCCAUCUCUCCAGCCCCCGCCAAAUCUUAUUUAGUAUUUGACAGCAGCACUGAUACUGGCUUCAAAAUUGCUGAUAAGUAGAUGAUUGACUUGGUGUUUUUCUUUAUGGGAGUGCUGGAUCUCAAAGUCACAAGCAAAAGUUGAUGUGAUGAUGCCUGUUGGUGGUUGGCUGGGUGUGAUCAGUGCUUUGAGUUCCUUAAGCUUUGGCAGUUAUCAAGGAGAAACUUAAGAAAAUGUCUAUCCCCUAACAGCCUGAUAAAACUGUCCCUCUACUGACAACCUAGUGCUCUUCCCUGCUGAGACAUCUUGAUCCAUGUCCUUUGUUUUUGAGGCAGUGUUUCAUGUAGACAGGCUGACCUUGAGUUCUGGUCCUCCUGCCUCUACAAGCCAGUGUCUGUUUUACAUGAUACUGAGG